AUGUUCAACUCGCCGCCGACUUGCACCUCGUCCGGCAGCUCGUCUGCUUCUACCUCUGCGCCCCUAACGACGGCGACAGUGUCAACAAGCGUGGCGUCGACCGGGCCACUCACGUGUCGCGGCUGCACCCAAAAGUGAGUUGCAACGAUCCUCUCGAUCGACACUCGGGCGCGAUGUGAAUGCUCACGCGACUGCUUCCACCGCCCACGCGCCGUGUUUUCACCGUGGCUUCACCCUGACGAUCCCUCCAGUGUACAUCCCGUCGAGGCUCUACCCAACCGCUUAUCGAUCGAUCGUCUCAAGCGCACGCGGUUCGAGCUCAGCCACGACCUUUUUGCUCGUCUCGCCCGACGUCGAUGCCUUGUGCGCCGCGCGAUUGCUCAGCGAUUUGCUCAAGACGGACGAUGUUGUCAACACCAUCAUCCCCGUCGGAAGUUGGAGCGACCUGGAGGAUGUUCGGGAACGAUUGCAGGGUGAAACGGUCAGUUCUCUUUGCUUUAUCUUAUACGGCGUACCUGGAUGUUUCCCCCCUGGUCAGGCUCAGCUACCCGGGGCUCGCUGUCGCGCGACUCGACGCGCACCACGGCGCAUCUCGUACCGCAAGCAACGCGUCGCGGCGCGCCGAAUCCUCAAACCGAUCCUCGUGGGCGCAUCAUCGCACGGGGGCACUUUCUACUCGAAGAUCGACCAUCACAUCUCGUACAGUGUUGCAAAAGUAGAAGGCUAACGUCUCCGUCAUUGGCCAUAUUUCAGGUCCGAUCGCUAGUCCUGCUCAACCUCGGCGCGCUCGUCGACCUGUACGACUACUUUGAAGAGUUCCUUCCCGACACCUGCCUCGUGCACGUCAUCGACUCGCACCGGCCCAUCAACUUGGCCAACCUCUUUCGCACGACGACCUACGCGAACGCCCUCUUCGACCUGAGGAGAAGCAGGGGGAAAGCUCGGUCAGAUGGCAAUUUGCCCCCGCCCGAAUUCAACAUCGUCGUGUGGAGUGAUGCCGAGAAUGAUGAUAGUCGCGAAGGCGAGAAGGAGGCUUGGGAAGCUCUGCUGGUCAGUUGUGGACCUUCGGCUUUCAAUUCGAGAGACUCGUUUGCUGACAUGAACCUGCUUCUGUCUUGCGCAGUACGAACCCGAAUCCGACAGCGACUCGGACGAUGACGACGACUCGGACGACGAGUACGCCAGAAACCGAAGACGGAAUCGAUCUGGAACAGACUCUGAUGAGGAUCAGGAAGAGGAUGAAGACGGAAACAGGAUCGGCAAGCGCAGGCGGACAUCCCAAGAGGUGAGCAAAACUGUCACCACCGUCGUUUCAGUAUGGGACUGAAACGACGUUUGAUUCCACAGCCACAAGCCCUGAGCAAAAACCAGCGAAGGCGGUUCCGAGCGCGUAUCGACAAGUACUACACAGCUGGUACCUUUUUCGGGCAGUCCGUCGCCGGCCAAGUUUUCGUCCUUGCGGUCCUGCUCGAACGAGCCGACACCGACGCGGUUUGGCUCGCCAUCCUCGGCCUCGCGCACCAAUUUUCGAUCAACGCGAUCGACCGAGAGCGCUACGAAGGCUACGUCUCCUUACUAGCGGACGAAGUUGCGCGUCUUUCGACGAACGCUGCGUCCUUGGCGACCCAUUCGGGGGAUGCGUUGGCCAGUACGGGCCCGAACGAUCGGAGCAUUCGACCGAGUGAGGAGAUUAGGUUCUGCUUGUUUCGCCAUUGGAACUUGUACGACUCGAUGUACCACUCGGGGUAUUUGGGGAGUCGGAUGAAGUUGUGGACAGAAAAAGGAAGGAAGAACUUGAGUGGGAUGUUGGCCAAGAUGGGGUAAGUCGGUCUUGCGAAGAGCGAAGCGGUUCGCCCCGGACCGAACGCUCAUUCACUCUUCGCUCCCCUUCACGCUGCAGAUGCCCACUCUCCGAAUCAAGCGAGACGUACCAACACAUGGCGACCGACCUCAAAGCCUCGCUCUUUGGUAAGAUCGAGAACCUCGCGCCCGAAUACGGCCUACACGACUUGAUCGUGCCUUCGUUCGUACGCAAAUCGGGGUAUCGGACCGACAUCUCGGCCGCCGAUGCGGUUGAAGCUCUUGGGGCUUUGUUAGAGGUUGCUACGGGGGUGAGGUUGAACUUUGGGAAUGCUGUAGGAGGGAGAAGGGGGAUCGUCCUCGGUGGGCACGAAGCGGCUCGAGAGAACGGCGGGAGAGAGGAAUGGAGUGAAGGGUUGAAGAGUUGGGUUGGCAAGGGCGAGGCACACGGGCAAGUGGUGAGGAGGAUGGGGGCAGGCGAUAAGGAGAACCGAAGACCGGAUGGCGCUGCUACGGAGGAAGAGGAGGAGGAGAGUGAGAUGGACAAGAAGGCGAGGAUGGAGAAGGAUUGGGCGUUGAGGAACUUUUGGCUCGCUUGGGAUGCAUUGGCCGUCGAGUGAGUGCGAGCAUCUUUUGAGGAUUUCCUUUCCGGAUCCACCUUGCUCAUCUUCUUUUCGUCUUGGUUCAGUACGACCCUCCUGCGUUCGGCCUUGCCCCUCUCGAUGGCUCUGCACCGAGCCGUGAUGGACCAAGGAGGCUACAUCCUCGAGAAGCAAUCGAUCCAGUCCCUACGCGCUUUCCGUUUCGCCGUCAUCAAAGAAGGCCCCGAUCUCGCCGUCUUCCGUCACCCCUCGACGCUGUUACGGUUGGCCGUCUGGCUCGUCGAUGCGGUCCGGGACCUGGUUGCGAGCAAAACGGCGACGGGGAAAAGGCCCAAGCCUUUACCGUUCGUAUUGGCGAGUUUGAACGAAGCCAGUGACGCGUUCCUCGUCGUGGGUAUCGUCGGCGCACCCGAGUAUGGGGACGUGAAGAAGAAGUGAGUGCCUCUCGGCUAGAACCCUGGACAAGACCAUUUUUGCUGAGUAUUGCCGAGUCUCCCACAGCGCUUUUGGGAUGGCUUUUGAACGCGCUGCGCAUGCCUCGGGCGCGUCGACUCGGCAUAACGCUUUCGAAGCGAGCGUGAUCGAGGUGCGCAAGGACGAUUUGGACAAGUUUUUCGUAAGUCUUUGCUGCAUUGAGGCCGACUGAGUGAGGACUCUGACACGCGCGUUGUCGUUGCAAUUUGGAACGUCAACAGAAAGACUUGGCGAUGGCUAUGGCUUAG